CAGCAUCACGGGAAGUGGCCACCCCUCCUCGCGACGUCAAACCGCUGGAUAGCUGGUCCUCCUACCACCCCCCUUUCCAAACACGGACCACAUCUGGACACAUGCACGCCGGGAUUGUGGAAUUUUACCAACACAAACAUUUGACCUUUUUGGGGGACACGAUGUCGGAAGUCCGGAAAUUCACCAAGAGGCUGAGCAAGCCCGGGACGGCGGCGGAGGUCAGACAGAGCGUCUCGGAGGCGGUGAGGAGCACCGUGGACCCGGUGGAGCAGCCCAAGAUCAUCGAGCCUCUGGACUACGAAGCGGUGGUGUUCCAGAGAAAGGCUCAGAUCCACAGUGACCCCCAGCGAGACCUGCUGCUCUGUCCGGUCGACGAUGUUUCGGAGUCCCAUAUAUCCCGGCAGAGGAGAACUGUGGUUCCCUCUGUGCCCCAGAAUGCUGAGCGGGAUGCCAGGAGUCUGUUUGCCAAAGAGUGCAUCAAGAUGUACAACACUGACUGGCACAUCAUCAACUACAAAUAUGAGCCUUAUUCUGGCGACUUCCGCAUGUUACCGAGCAAAGGCCUCAAGGCGGACAAGCUGGCCGCUCACGUGUUCGAGGUCGAUGAAGAAGCCAAAGAUGAGGACACGGCGUCGCUUUGCUCGCAGAGAGGCGGCAUCAUGAAGCAGGGGUGGCUUCAGAAAGCCAACAUCAACAGCAGCCUUUCCGUCUCCAUGAGGGUGUUCAAGAGGAGGUACUUUUACCUGUCCCAGCUGCCAGAUGGCUCCUACAUCCUCAAUUCCUACAAAGAUGAGAAGCAUUGCAAAGAAACCAAAGGCUCCAUCUACCUAGAUUCUUGCAUUGACGUCACUCAGAGCCCCAAAAUGCGGCGUAACGGUUUUGAGCUGAAGAUGCAAGACCGCUAUAGCCACUUCCUGGCUGCUGACAGCGAAACUGAGAUGGAGGAUUGGGUGGCCACACUCAAACAGGCCCUGCAGAGCAGCACCGAGGCCUGCCAGGAAAGGAGGAAUGGGCCAGAGUCCCUGGAUGGCUCUUUGGACGAUGACAUCACCAGCCAAGGUAAAAGUGAGAGCCUGCCGGAAGGUCUGAGCAGGAACCUACAACCUGAGCUCACAAAGUAUGCCAGGGAGACAGACCAGCUCAAUAAGAUCAACCGGAACGAAGGCAGGCAGAAGCUUUUCUCUCUGGACCCCGAGUCGCAGAGACUGGACUUUUCGGGCAUCGAGCCAGACGUGAAGCCGUUUGAGGAGCGCUUCGGCCGUCGCGUCGUGGUCAGUUGCCACGACCUGACCUUUAGUCUGCAGGGCUGCGUCAGUGAGAAGGGCGAGAGCGUGCUCACAAAUGUGGAGCCGUUCUUCAUCAGCCUGGCACUUUUUGACAUCUCUAAAAACUGUAAGCUCUCUGCGGACUUCCACGUCGACCUCAACCCGCCCUGCGUGAGGGAGAUGCUGACCGACACCUCGGGUCAACUCUCGCCUUGCUCAGACUCUGAGGGAGGAGGGGGAGAAGGAGGUGGGGGUAGUGGUGGGGGUGGAGGCCGGGCUUUAAUGAGCGUGGACGCCGGGAAGUCGAACGGUCUGCCUCUUCUUCAAAGGGUGUCUGAGGCUCUGCUGCACUUUCCUACACAGGCUAUCUUUUCGGUCACCAACCCGCAUGCUGAUAUCUUUCUGGUGGCUCGUGUGGAGAAGGUAUUGCAGAAUGGCAUCACCCACUGUGCUGAGCCGUACAUGAAGACCUCUGACAUCAACAAGACCGCUCAGAAGGUCCUCAAGGCGGCCAAACAGACGUGCCAGCGCCUGGGCCAAUACAGGAUGCCUUUUGCUUGGGCUGCUAAGCAGGUGUUCAAGGAUGCUCAGGGAAGCCUUGACAUGGACGGCAAGUUUUCUCCCCUCUACCGGCAGGACAGCAGCAAAAUCUCCACGGACGACAUCAUCAAGCUCCUAGCUGACAUCAGGAAACCCGAGAAGAGCAAGAUUCAGACCAUUCCUGGACAGCUGAAUGUCACUAUUGAGUGUGUCCCGCCCGACUUCUCAAACACGGUGACCUCCUCUUACAUUCCUGUAAAACCCUUUGAGGAAAGCUGUGAGCGUGUGUCUGUGGAAGUUGAGGAGUUUCUCCCUGAGGAGGCCAAGUACAACUACCCCUUCACCACGUACAAGAACCAGCUCUACAUCUACCCUCUGCAACUCAAAUACGACAACCAGAAGAGCUUCACCAAGGCAAGAAACAUUGCCGUCUGCAUACAGUUUCGGGAUUCUGAUGAAGAAAAUGCAACACCUUUAAAGUUCAUCUACGGCAAACCAGGAGACUCCCUCUUUACCAGCAGUGCCUAUGCCACCGUCCUGCACCACAACCAGAGUCCAGAAUUCUAUGAUGAGGUAAAAAUGGAGUUGCCGGUCCACUUGCACGAGAAGCACCACAUCCUCUUUUGCUUUUACCACAUCAGCUGCGAGUCAAGCACCAAAGCCAGCAGCAAGAAGAGGGAGGGUGUCGAGACUCUAGUGGGCUACUCGUGGUUGCCUCUGCUGAAAGAUGGCAGAAUGCAGUCAACAGAGCUCCAGCUACCUGUAGCUGCAACCCUGCCUCCUGGAUACCUCUGUCAGGACACCAAAAAGCCGGAUAUCAAGUGGGUUGAAAAUGCAAAGCCACUGUUCAAAAUGAGAAGUCGUGUUGCAUCAACAAUAUAUGCUCAGGACCUACAUCUCCACAAGUUCUUCCUGCAUUGUCAGCUCAUGAGGACCACAUCAGAAAGCAACCAGGCAGAGCUAAUCAAAUACCUUAAGUGCCUGCACGCCAUGGAGACACACGUCAUGAUCAACUUUUUGCCUGUGGUGCUGAUGCAAUUGUUUGAGGUGCUAUCAGCAGCCACCAAGGAAGCCCAGCAGAUUGCGGUCAACUCUCUUCGCGUUGUCAUACAUGUAGUCUCGAGAUGUCACGAGGAAGGGCUGGAAAACUACCUGCGUUCUUUUGUCAAGUACGUGUUUGUGUCAACCAAGCUUAUACCUGGAAAAACUGCGUACACUCAUGAGGUGCUGGCUACGGCGGUCACGUCCAUUCUUAAGCAGACGGCAGAUUUCAACACCAGCAACAAGCUGCUCAAGUACUCAUGGUUCUUCUUCGAAACAAUGGCCAAAUCCAUGGCCCAGUAUCUACAAGAGGACAACCGCAUGAAGAUGCCCCGGGCCCAGCGCUUCCCAGACACAUUCUACCAAGCUCUGCAGUCUCUGGUGCUGUCCAUCAUGCCUCAUAUCACCAUUCGCCACAUGGAGAUCCCUGAGGAAGCACGCUGUGUCAACCUGAGCUUGGCCAAUUUCAUUAAGAGGUGUCUGACCUUCAUGAACAGAGGGUUUGCAUUUACUCUGGUCAACCACUACAUGUGCCACUUUACUCUCAAAGACCCAAAGGUGCUGACCGAAAUGAAGUUUGACUUUCUGAUGGCGGUGUGCAACCACGAGCACUUCAUCCCCCUCAACCUGCCUAUGGCCUUUGGGCGCACUAAGCUGCAGAGGGUGCAAGAUUUUAUUCUGUAUGCGACGGAGCUUUUUGGUCCUGUAGAGCAGAGUCUUGAGUUCAGUCUGACUGAGGACUACUGCCGUAACCACUUCUUGGUUGGCCUGCUGCUCCGGGAAGUGGCGGCAGCCCUGCAGCAAGGCCCCGAGGUCCAACAGCUAGCCGUAGGCGUCCUCAAGAACCUGCUGAUAAAACACGCCAUGGACAACCGCUACACGGCUUUCAAGAACCAGCAGGCCAGGAUCUGUUUGCUCUACCUGCCUCUGUUUGAGCUCCUCUACCAGAACCUGAAGCAGCUGUCCGCCCAGCCAUACAUUUCCAGCCCCGGACUGAAUCUCAAUGGCUCGAGAGAUGACCUCUUGUCAAACAGUUCUGCAGACAGCAGGAGAAUCAGCACCGCCAUAGAACGAGAUCAUGGCCCGCCCACCCUUAACGGCCAUGUGAGGAGGGAGGACUCCAGAGGCUCUCUCUUUAUGGAUCCUGGAACACCAGAUAGCAUUGAGCUGCAGAGACGUGGUUCCACCAUGAGCAGCAGUCCAGGGCCCCCUGCUGGCCGUCUGGGACCAUAUGAGAUUAAAGGCCUUCUGUUUACCUUCAUGCAUGUGGCCAAGACUUUGUCGGAGGAUACUCUUAUGGCCUACUGGAACAAAAUUAGCCCUCAAGACAUCAUGAACUUCCUCAAUUUGCUUGAGACUUGUCUGGUUCAAUUUCGUUAUGUUGGAAAGAGGAACAUCAGUCGGAGUCAGGAGACAUGCAUGUCCAAGCUCUUCUCGCCUGACAGGAAGUCGCAGACCAUGCCGGCCAUACGCUACAACCGCGCCAGCACCUUUCAGACUAAAAUAAGCCAGUUUAACACCAUGGAGGCCUCCUUGACUCUCAACAUAGGGACAGGGCCAUCUGAAGCAGAAAUCCAUCACCAGGCUGUGCUGGAGGGCAACAUCUCCACCGAGGUCUGUCUAAGUGUUCUGGAUCUUCUUUCGCUUUUUACACAAUGUUUUAAGACCCAGCUGCUGGACAGCGACGGUCACAACUCGCUGAUGAGAAAGAUGUUUGACGUGUACCUGACCUUUCUUAAAGUGAGCCAAUCAGAAGCCGCCUUUAGGCACGUGUUCGCCGCCCUGCGAGCAUUCAUGAACAAGUUCCCUUCAGUGCUAUUCAAAGGUCGUGUGACCCUUUGUGAGCUUCUAUGCUGCGAGGUGCUCAAGUGCUGUGUCUCCAAGAUGGCUUCUUUGAGGGCCGAGGCCUCGGCGCUGCUCUACCUGCUCAUGAGGAAUAACUAUGAAUACACCAAGAGGAAGACAUUCCUGCGCACACAUCUGCAGAUCAUCAUAGCUGUGAGCCAGCUGAUCUCUGAUGUGGCACUCAGCGGCAGCUCGCGUUUCCAGGAGUCGCUCUCAAUCAUCAACAACUUUGCAAACAGCGACAAGUCAAUGAAGUCCACAGCGUUUCCCUCAGAAGUAAAGGGUCUUACGAAGCGCAUCCGUACGGUGCUGAUGGCCACGGCCCAGAUGAGGGAGCAUGAGAAAGACCCAGAAAUGUUGCUGGACCUGCAGUACAGCCUGGCCCGGUCUUACGCCAGCACCCCCGAGCUAAGACGAACAUGGCUGGACAGCAUGGCCCGUGCCCACCUCAAGAAUAAUGAUCUCUCAGAGGCGGCCAUGUGCUACGUUCAUGUGGCUGCGCUGGUUGCAGAGUACCUGCACCGGAAAAAGUUGUUCCCCUGCGGGCUCGCCGCCUUCAAAAAGGUCACACUGAACAUUGAAGAGGAAGCCGCCAUGAAGGAAGACACGGGGAUGCAAGAUGUUUAUUACACUGAGGAAGUCCUGGUGGAGCACCUGGAGGUGUGCGUGGAAUCCCUCUGGAAAGCUGAGCGCUACGAGCUCAUCACACAUAUCGCCAAACUGGUGAUUCCGUGUUAUGAAAAGCGCCAUGACUACGAGAAAUUAAGCCGACUGUACGACACGCUGCACAGAGCCUACAACAAGAUCAUGGAAGUGAUCCAAUCCGGACGAAGGCUGCUUGGAACAUACUUCAGAGUUGCUUUCUAUGGACAGGGUUUCUUUGAGGAGGAGGAUGGGAAAGAGUACAUUUACAAGGAGCCCAAACUCACCGGUCUGUCUGAAAUCUCCCAGCGACUUUUGAUGCUCUACGGGGAGAAGUUUGGGCCUGAGAACGUUAAAAUCAUUCAAGACUCCAACAAGGUCAACCCCAAAGACCUGGACCCCAAGUUUGCCUAUGUGCAGGUGACCUUUGUCAAGCCCUACUUUGAGGAGAAGGAGGCACCGGAGAAGAAGACAGACUUUGAGAAGUGCCAUAACAUCAACCGCUUUGUGUUCGAGACGCCAUACACACUGUCGGGGAAGAAGCAUGGCGGUGUGGAGGAGCAGUGCAAGAGGAGGACCGUACUCACAACGGCCAACACAUUCCCUUACGUGAAGAAGCGAGUGGAGGUCGUCACAGAGAAGCAGGUGGACCUCCGGCCGGUGGAGGUGGCCAUCGACGAGAUGAGGUCCCGCACGGCCGAGCUUCUCAAGCUGUGCUCCAGCGCCGAGGUGGACAUGAUCCAGCUGCAGCUCAAACUGCAGGGAUGCGUGUCUGUGCAGGUGAACGCCGGCCCCAUGGCCUAUGCCAGAGCCUUCUUGGAUGACAGCAAGACCAACCAGCCUGGCGGAAAAAAAGGGAAAGAGCUUAAAGACAUUUUCAGACGUUUUGUGGAGGCGUGCAGCAUGGCUCUAGAUAUCAAUGAGCGGAUCAUCAAAGAGGAUCAGUUUGAGUACCAUGAGGGCCUCAAGACCAAUUUCAAAGACAUGGUGAAGGAGCUCUCUGAUAUCAUCCAUGAGCAGCUUUAGAGGAGAACAGAUUUACCAGGAAGGCAUGAUGCGCUCGCUCCUGCAAAACUCCCUCCACGUAUUCCGCGCCAUCAGCGGGACCUCUCAUGACCUCGGCUGACUGUUACCCUUCCUAAUAUUCCACAAACCUAAAGAGUAGCCGCUCUCCUUGCUCUCUGUCAACUUCCUGCCUGCCAAGACAAGAGGACGCCAUCAGGCUGCUGCUUUACUGGAUGUGCAGCCCAAGAAUGUAAUGAGGCAUGAGUCAUGCUCAAAUGCACUGCACUUUGAAUGUGUUUUUUUGCCGUAGGCGUCAAAUUGCAAGACUGACUCACGUUCUACUCGGGGGUUAUUUAGAUCCCAAUGUGUCCUCGUUAUCGCCCUUCAGAUCUAUGCAGGAUACCUUUUAGGAACGUUAGCACGUAUCCACUGGUAUUAAACACAGAGAGGAGACCGCCAGUAACAUAAACACGCGAGUCACGCUAGAAGCACGUCAAGCGUAAACACGUACAAAAGGCAGAGCCUGUGUUGCAUCUGGAAUGCUAAAUUGUGGCCUAAUGACACAGUGCCUUGGUGCCCUCACCUGCUUAUUGACAGUCUUUCACAAGUGCUACACUGAAAAUGUGCAUUAUGUACAUAUCACUGUGUCACUGUGCUGUACAUUUCAUUCCAUGUUCAUGUUUGUAAGUACUCUGUAUUUAUAUUGCUCACGUUUUUAUUAUUGUUGCAUAAAGAACAACUUUUUUCUUAAUAAAAAAGCAACGUCGA